AUGGCGGAGUCGGCGGAGCUGUUCACAGAGCAGGAGCUCACCUGCUCCAUCUGCCUCGACCUGUUCACCGACCCCGUCUCCACCCCCUGCGGACAUAACUUCUGCCAGGCGUGUAUCGGUGGUUACUGGGCGUCCAGUGCCGUGUCCACCUGUCCACUGUGCAAACAUCAGUUUGAAGGACGUCCUCAGCUCAGCAUCAACAAAGUCUUCGCUCAGAUCGCAGAAAAGUACAAACAGACUCACUAUGCACCGUUACCGUCACCCUUCGGUAACGGGACGCCCGGCGCCGCGAUGGCAGGCGCCAUGAACACCAACCCCUUCCUGACGCCUGAGCCAUCAGUAGCUCAGGCGAACGGGGACGUAGUGUGGUGCGACGUUUGUACGGGAAUCAAACAGCCCGCCGUCAGCUCCUGUCUCACCUGCACCGCCUCCUACUGCACUGAGCACGUGCAGCCACAUCACACCACGCCAUUCUACGCCAAACACCCCCUGAUGGACCCCCAGGAGGCCCUGAGGGGCCGCACCUGCUCCGUCCACCGGCGCCUGAUGGAGGUGUACUGCAGGACGUGUGAGAGCUGCAUCUGUGCCAUCUGCGUGCUGGAGGAACAUCGGAUGCAUAAAACCGUCUCCGUGCAAACUGAGAGGCUUAGCAAGCAGAAACAGGUGUCCAGGACGGAGCAGGAGAUCCUGAACCGGAUCAAGGAGAAGGAGAUCCGUGUGACGGAGCUGAAGAAGAAGCUGGACAGCCUGCAGAGCUAUGCUGACAGAGAGCGCGGCGAGGUCGAACUCCUGCUGGGCGACCUGUCCGGCUCGUUGGACCAGAUCCGGUCUCGUGUGGUGGGCGGGAUCGAGACCCAGCUGAAUGCUGUGAUGACAAAGGGGGAGGGGAUGGUGAACCGCCUGGAGGAGGAGCUUAGCCAGCUGAUAGAGAGGAGAGCCGUGCUGGAGGCACAGGCUACCAGUCAGGAUCACAUCGCCUUCCUGAAGACAUACGAGGCGACCACGGCUCCUCUGGCCGAGGAUCUGCAUGCCCAGGCGGAUGACGACUCGCAGCUGGUGCUCCACUUCCAUCUGGGCGAGGUGAAGCUCGCUCUGUCCGAGGUCAAGGAAAAGAUGGAGGAGAUCCAGACCGGGGAGAUCCGCUCGCGAGGACCGCGAGGAUCCCGAGGCUCCCGAGCGGACUCCUUUUCAGCCGGUGACAUGAUGGCGGCAGAGAGCAUGCUCAGUCUGAGAGCCAGCACGACCAGUCUCAGGAAGAGCCAGUGGUCCCUGAAAGACCUAAAGAAGAGCAAGCAGGUGUCAGGAUACAAGAAGGCCCGACUCUACAUGGAGGACGCGACGCUGAACCCGGUGACGGCGUAUCCCUUCCUGAUCCUGUCCGAGGACCGGAAGCAGGUGAAGAGAGGAGAGAAGCUGCAGUUCUACAGAAACAGCCCGCACAGGUUCGACGUCUGGUCCUGUGUCCUCGCCAAGGAGGGAUUCAGCUCCGGGCGCCACUACUGGGAGGUGUGCGUCGGGGAGAAUAAGGACUGGAAGCUGGGCGUGGUCAGCGAGUCGGCUCAGAGGAAGGGUCUGUUCGAUAUGUGCCCGUCUCACGGAUACUACGCCAUCUGGUGGAGCAGCAGCCAGCUGAGGGCGCUCACCACGCCGCCGCUCACCAAGGUCAAAGGUCACCACCCCAAGCUGCGACAGGUGGGCGUGUUCCUGGACGUGGAGGAGGGUCAGGUGUCCUUUUACAACGUCAAGUCGGGCUCAGAGAUCUACAGCUUCCACACAUCCACUGAGUUCACCGAGAGGAUGUUUCCUCUGCUGGGGACCGGAGACAAAGAAGUCCCCCUGAUCCUCCUCACCACGCUGCAGCACCCGGCCUGAGGGACUGGGACCAAAACCGGGACCAACCGGAGGGUCAAAGCUGAGCGAACUAAGAGCAGAGGGAGGAGGUGGGAGGAACUGCGGGUGGAGUCGAAUCGUCCUCACGUUGAUCUCCAGACUCUGCAGUGAGACUUGAAACAACAAAGGAUGUUUGUCUCGUUUUGUCCCCGUUAGAUCCUGACAGGCGAUGAUUUUGUAAUAUUGAUCACUGAAGAACGAUGUGCUCUUACAGCAAGAGCUGCUUCUUAAAUUUAAAUGUAAAUAUGGUCAUAAAAAUACAUCA